CGCCCCCCCGAAGUUUCUUGGGCCCCGGGCGGCCCGCGGGACAGAACGCUGAGAGCCGCCGCCCGGCCGGGUGUGGAUGGAGGUGGCGGAGCCCGCGCGGCGCGGGGAGUGAGCGGCGGAGCGGCCGGACUUCUGCGGACUCGCGAUGGAGGAGGAGGGUGUGAAGGAAGGGGGCGAGAAGCCUCGGGGAGCGAGGAUGGCCGACAAGGCUGGCUGGAUCAAGAAGAGCAGUGGAGGCCUCCUGGGGCUUUGGAAAGACCGAUAUCUGCUCCUCUGCCAGGCCCAGCUGCUGGUCUACGAGAAUGAGGACGAGCAGAAAUGUGUGGAGACAGUGGAGCUGGGAAGCUAUGAGAAGUGCCAGGACCUUCGUGCCCUCCUCAAGCGUAAACACCGCUUUAUCCUGCAGCGAUCCCCGGGGAACAAGGUCAGCGACAUCAAGUUUCAAGCAACCAGUGGGGAGGAGAAGGAAUCCUGGAUCAAAGCCCUCAAUGAAGGGAUCAACCGAGGCAAGAACAAGGCUUUUGAUGAGGUAAAAGUGGACAAGAGCUGUGCACUGGAGCAUGUGACACGGGACCGGGUGCGUGGGGGCCAGCGGCGCCGGCCACCUACAAGAGUCCACCUGAAGGAGGUAGCCAAUGCAGCUUCUGAUGGGCUUUCGCGCCUGGACCUCGACGUGCCAGAUAGUGGGCCGCCAGUGUUUGGCCCCAGCAAUGAUGUCAAUGCAGCCCAGCCCCAAGAGACACUCAGGCCCCCUAUGCCUCCUACCAAGCCUUCCCCACUGCCGGAGACCACCAGCCUCAGUGACAGAGUGGAGACUCCUGCUGGGGAGAGAGCCCCAUCUCCUGUCUCAGCAAGCUCUGAGUCCCACCAAGCAAACUCAGAGACUCCAGUACAGGAGGACAGUGGCCCUGAGCAGACCCCCAGCAUGGUCCUGCCUGACAAACUGAAGGUGAGCUGGGAGAACCCCAGCCCCGAGGACGCCCCUGACUUUGAGAGUACAGAACUCCAGGUGCCCUGUUCUGAGGCUUCUGAGGCUGUGCCCAAGGAGGGUGGGAAGCCUCCUACACCCCCACCCAAGAUCUUAUCAGAGAAACUGAGAGCUUCCAUGAGUGGGAUGGCGGCUUCUGGGCCAGACCAGAGUCCUGAGGCCUCUGACACCUCAGCCCCAGAUCCAGCACAGAUGUCAGUGAAUGGCGUGGAUGACAGUCUGGAGCCCGUCAAUCCACCCCAGGCCUCGGGCAUCCCAGAAACAACCCCAAAGGAUGCAACAACGUCCACAGCACUGCCCUGCCGGGACCUGCCAUCUCAUUUCCAUCCCCGCUGUUCCUCCCUGGGGAACCUGCUUGGGGAAGGCCCCCGGCGUCCACGGCAGCCUGGAGAACGGCUGUAUCGGGCCCAGCUGGAGGUGAAGGUGGCCUCAGAACAGACGGAGAAACUGUUGAACCAGGUGCUGGGCAGUGAGCCGGCCCCUGUGAGCGCUGAGACAUUGCUCAGCCAGGCUGUGGAGCAGCUGAGGCAGGCCACCCAAGCCCUGCAGGAAAUCAGAGAUCUGGGAGAGAUGAGCCAGGAAGCACCUGGGCUACAGGAAAAGCGGAAAGAGCUGGUGACCCUCUACCGGAGAAGUGCACCCUAGGGCCUGCCAGGCCAGGGCGUGGUCCCUCCUAGCCAACCCAGUCCAUCAAAGCCCAGCCCUGCCAAAAAACAUGCUUCUGCUCAGGCCGUAGAAAGGCCAUCAGGCAUGUUGGGGGUAUGGCCAGGAACUAUGGAGAUUCCUGGUAUCCUUCCUGCCCUGCCCUGGCCAAUGGUGCCAGGAGCCACCCAGGACCACUAUCUGACUAUCUGGCCCAGUUUCUGGGCUUGGGCAGGUAGCACACACUUGGUUGCUUGCAUGGUUGUUCUGAACUGCCCCAGGGCUUUAGCAUGGCACUUGGGGUUUCUGGGGGUGGCAUCAUCUCUGCUUCCCACCCCCAGUAGUUUACAUUCCUGACUUCUGAAUAGAGCACAGCUGAGCCCCCCCCUCCUCCCCACCCCUCCACAGCUCCCACAUCCAGAUGUUCCCGGGCAGAGAGCGUCAUGGCAGAGGCAGCUUUGAGCCGUAACUAGCCCUCCCUACCCACCUACUCGCAAUAGCUGCCAAGGCCUUGGGUCCAAGUUAUAGGUUUUUCUGUCAGCUGAGUGAGACCUGGAAUCCAGCCAGGGCCUGUGAAGGCAGGUGGAAGGCAUCUGUGUGGGAUUCCUAUUCUGCAGGCCUUCCUCUCUGGUGAACUGUGAUUGGAGGACUCCAGGGUAGAGGAAGAACUUGAAGGGUCUCCUAGUCUAGUCUCUCCCCCUGGACCAGCUUGUGUCCAACCCUGCACAUUUCCUGUAGAGGUGAACCCGAGAAUGGCUCUGAGGUCAACAUCAGAAAAUCCUGUACCUACUUCAUUAUAAAUGAACCUUCAGAGGAGAAGCCACCUCAACUUCUGUGCCUCCCCAGAUGGGAUUUAUAUCUGGCUCUCUAUGCUUCCUCCUGAACCCAAACAGGCCCAACAUCCCAAUCAUUUCUUUGGAUGCUGAUGGGGGUAUGUUGGGGCCUGAAAUCACUUCCCUUUCCCCUCUUCCCCUCUGGCUCAGGCCGUAGAUGGACUGCUCUUCCUGAACUUCCUAGUGGAAGGGGCAUUUCCUUUUGUCCCUUUCCUGGUCCAAGCCCGCAGCCUGGGCCUCUCCCUAUCUGUCGCCUCCCCUCCACCCCAAUUCUCCCUGCACUUGUCCCUGACUCUGGGAACACACCCAAUCUCCAUCUAGGUGCAGAGGCCCUGAAGGCACGGCCACUCUCCCUGGGACCUAUAGGAGUAGGAGCAGCUUCUGAAAGGCCUGCUCAGGGGGUUUUUAGCAUGUGCACUUUUAUUUACUGGAAGAGGACAGGGAGGGUCACAGCUGCAUGUCCUGGCCUUUCUGCCCACUGCUCCACCACCAGUCGUGCCCACUGAGACCUGCCAGUACAGGUCAAUGCCUUCUUUACUGUACUUCUACUUUGUUCUUGAGGGUAGUGGCCAGGGAUCAAGAGGGGCAGAUAUCCACUCUGCAGCCUAUACUGGGCAGAGGUGGAGGUGAACAGCAAUGUCCUGACCCAUGAGCCCCCACGGGCCUUCUCAAACUACACUCUUUGGACAAACGAGGCUACCAUGCCACGGUCUGCCUAUCCCUCCAUCUGCCUUCAGUAUGAAAGCAAGAAUGGCAUCAGGUGCCUAGUCACAUGGCCCCCUGCACUCUUCUUUUGGGGAACAGCUUUCCCCCACCAGCAGCCUGGACCAGCUGGGGCUUUAGCCAAGUCACCUGUUUCCAGGGACUAGAGCCUCAGUUUCCUCCUCGGAUAAAUGACCAGAUUGAGCAAGUAGCUCUGGGGCCAUCUCAGUGACCUAAUGCCAUUAUGGGGUUCUUAUGGGAUUCCUGUGCCUUGGUGACCUGGGCCCCAAGGGGAGGGGUAGAAGAAUUGGGAAUAUGCAGGGUCUGCCUGGCCUGCCUCCUUGAGGAGGAUAGCAUUCCAUGUCUUCUGUUUAUGAAGCGCCUUUCUUGAAGUUUGGCAAUAAAUCCCUUUUUAUGGAA